AUGGAAGAAGACAAACAAACAGACCCCGAAAGGAAAAUAGAGCGUAACAUUGUCGAAAUGCUACGAGAUGAUCAAGCGUCCGGAUCAAAGAAAAAUUGGAAGGUGUUUCGCGACAAACUACGUCUCAAACGCACUGGAAAAGCGUGGACGUCAUCUGUUAGGGUGCCUACGUCGGAUAUGCCUAUCCAAAAUAAUAAUAAGAGCAAAAUGAUGACAAGACGCGGGUCCUGGAGGUAUCAAAGCGACGAGAGCAACGAGUCUGAUGAAAUGGCUCAACAAAGCGUUAGGUUACUUCCGUUAGAAACGGACCCUGAACAUGAAGAAACGAGUAAUGAGCAACAACAAGCGGCGGGUGAAGGGGACCAGGUUAUGUCAUUGAUGGCUUUGUUGAGUACGGAUGGCUCUAAUUACCAAGAAGAUGAAGCGGAACAACAUGUGGAACAACAGGCCGAACAACCAUUAGAACAACAUGAAGAAGAGGCUAGUGGCGACUGCAACGCGUGUAGCGGUUGCAAUGGAAAGGUUAAGGGCGCGGCAUUAGGUCCUUGUGGACAUAUGUUUUGCAAGCAGUGUACAAAGGAGCUUCAUGUUGCUAAAGGUAAUUGUCCAACUUGCAAUGAUUAUAUUUUAGAGAUUCUUGAUAUUUUUUGA